AUUUUCUCUUCUCGAGCGCGAGCGGUAAAAUUUUUUUACGAAAACGCAGUUGUGAAUGGCGAACUUUGACGCUAUUUUUGACGAAAAUCUUCAAGAAGAUGAACGAAGUUCGCGUGUUUCCGACGAGCACGGUCAGGUGACGCCGGAACCAGUGGUUGUACGAGGAGUAGGACAUAUGACAGUGUUUGGACUUAAUAGCAAGUUUGAUGUAGAAUUUCAGCAAGGCCUUAGUGCAAAGGUAGCACCUGAGGAGUACAAAGCAACUGUGACACGAGUCAACAGAGUGCUUAGUAAAACAAUGCCUGUUAAUGUUCGCUGGUUACUCUGUGGUUGUAUCUGCUGCUGUUGCACACUGGGAAUGUCCAUGUGGCCUGUGGUUUGUCUCAAUAAAAGAACAAGACAUUCAAUAAACAAAGUGUUAGAUGCUGAAAAUUGUCACCUUUAUCAUAAGCUUGGGCUUCACUGGCGCUUACACAAACAACGAUGCAUUAAUUCCACUAAUAUGAUGGAAUAUGUUCUGCUGGUUGAAUUCUUACCAAAGGAACAAAUUUUACGACCUGAUUGAUGUUACAAGACAUUGCAGCCAGGAUUGUGUAUAGGAAUUCUAUUAUUGUAUAUUUCUUGAGAUAAUUUGUAUUGAAAAAAUGGAAUGCAUGCUAGUGACGUACACUCUUGUAUCUUGUAAAUUGCAAAUUCAUGAUAUCAUAUCAAAGUCCUGUGAUAUGUUCUGUUACAUGUGCAUUUUAGUUUAGGCCCCAGGAAAGCUUGAAGUUAACUUGGUCCCUUUUCUGAUAGAUUGUAUGACCUCUAAAUGACUUUAUUUUUAUAUGAAAAACAUUUGAUGAUUUCGGUCUUUGUAAAAUGCAUUUAGUUCCUAUUUUCGUCUAAGAAUCAAAAUUGUUGUGGUCACAAGCUCUAGAGAAAGUUAUUGAAGUUUGAAAACUUGAAGGGAAAUGGAGUUUGUUCUGCCAUAUCCAACUUGCAUACAGAUUUUACACUAUCACCCACUAUAAUCAGUGGCAACCAGCCAACAAGAUAACAGCAUUAAACACUGGAGAUUUCACAGUUCAGAUUAUAGCAACUGAGUACUGUUAAUGUUUAGAUGAAAUUAACAUAUAAUUUUUAUGUAAGAUAUUAACUUAAUUAUUUAGAGUUGAGUGGAAAUUGUUUUGCCGAUUUGUUUGAUGGAAAAAAAUUGCGCAAGUGGGCAAAUUAGGUUUCCAUGUUUUUUAAAAGUCAGGUCUUAUUGUUUUGUAAAUAAUAAUAUACAACAUUAUUUUUGGGAUAAAUGGGAAAUGUGGUUUAACUUUAAAUAUGGUCUUCCCUGAUGGCAGCUUAGGCACAUCGAUGUUUUGGGAUCUUUUGAAAAUACUAAAUUUAGGUUUGAUUGUGCUGUUGAUAAAUUGUAUUAUAGUAUUUGCAGUUCUUUUGUCUUUCAGAAAAUAGGGUUUACUGUGCUAAGAAGUUUAUUUUUUUUGAUCUUAUUUCCUUUAUUUAAGUCCUUUAGACCCUAUGAUGUUCAAAUGCCAGCUAAUACAUAGGUAAUGAGAAUUUGGGAACAUAAUCUCACACUGGGUUGUUUUCUUGGUUUAUGUAAUCAAAUUUCCCCGACAGAUUUCCCCAACAGAUUUUAAGCUUAAAGUGUUGAGUUGACAUUGACAAUGAGAAAGUUCUUGUAUAUAUAUACAUGUUUUCUUUGUUGCUUUGAAGUUAGCAGGGUGCAGUAAGUUCUGUCUUAUCAAACAGUCUAGGGUCUUCUGCUCUCUUCUUCAGUGUGUGAUAAGUCAGACUAUUGUAUGUAAGGUGAACAGGCUUAGUUCUUGAAGGAGCUACAUCACGGUUUUUACAACUUGAAAAAUUGAGCCUAAAUUUUUCUAGCUCCUCGUUUGUUAAUUUCCCAUCCUCAAUCAUCCUUGUUCCUUUAUGGUUUAUUAUUAUCUCUGUAGUGUUUUUCUAUCUUAACUACUAUUUUCGGG